AUGAAAAACAUAGAUUCCAUCAAAGGUUGCAGAAUAGAUGAGAACCACUUCGACUUAGAAAAGUAUAGCACAUUUUAUUGCAAACAAGAUGUAAGAAUUUUAAGAGAAGGUUUUGUUAAGUUCCGCAAUGACAUAUUGAAAGAAUUUGAUUUAAACGUUUAUGACUACGUUAGUAUUUGUUCUAUUGCUAACAAAUUGUUUGAGAACAGAGUGUACUUCCCGAAUGGAAAUUUAUAUGACCUCUCAAAUAAACCAAGAGAAUUUAUUUCACGCUGUAUUCAAGGUGGAAGAUGUAUGCUGUCAGAUAACAUUAAACAAAAGAGCGAAAAGAAACUCAUUGCUGACUUCGACGCUGUUUCAUUAUAUCCAUCAGCUAUAGCAAGACUUUAUACUUUAGAAGGUAUUCCAAAGGUUAUGAAGAAAGAAAUGUUAAGCACAGAGUAUCUCAUGAGACAUUUAUUCGAUGACGACCAAAAGGAACCCAUUGGUGAAAAGUUUAUGUCUGGCUUCUUUGUUCUCAUUAAGAUAACAGAGAUUGGAAUACAUAGACACUUUCCUUUAAUAGUUUGUGACCCUGAACUAAAUCCAGAACUUAACGUUCCCAGAAGUUCAAACACUUGCUGUUUAAUGUAUGUUGACCAUAUAACAUUACAAGACCUCAUAAAAUAUCAAGGUGUCAAAUGUGAAGUGUUGCAAGGAUACUAUUACGAUGGAAACAGAGAUAUUAGAAUAAGAGAUGAAGUAAAGAAGUUGUUUGAGUUAAGGUUAAAGUAUAAGAAAGAAGGAAAUCCAUUGCAAGAAAAUAUAAAGCUCAUUCUGAACAGUAUUUAUGGCAAAACUAUUCUAUCUCCUAUUGAGUCAAAAAUAACCAUAGUAGAUGACAAAGAUGCUAUAAGAUAUGCCAUCAGAAACUACAACCAUAUAGUGAAGUUCGAAGGUUUGGAUGGUUCAGAUAAAACUAUUUUCAAGCUAACGAAAAGCAUUUGCAGACACUUUAACUUCUGUCCACUUGGUGUUAAUAUUCUGUCAAUGUCGAAGAGAAUAAUGUGUGAAGUAUUCUGUACUGCUGAGGACUUAGGAAUGGACAUCUUUUAUAGCGAUACGGACAGUAUGCAUCUCUACAAUGAAGAUAUCCCUCGUUUAGCUGAAGAGUUUGAGAAACGUUAUGGAAGAGUUCUCAUUGGUAAAAACCUUGGUCAAUUUCAUAGCGACUUUGCAGAAAUCACACCUGGAAAACAAAGUUUAGCAUACAAGUCAAUAUUUUGUGGAAAGAAGACUUACAUAGACUUACUCACGAAUGAUUUAAAUGAAGUUGCAUUUCACUGCAGAAUGAAAGGCGUGAUGCAAGAUGUUAUUGCUUUAACCGCUAAUGAAAUGUUUCCUGACUCUGUUCAGUGUUUCUAUGAUGAAGAUAAAGGUUUAAUGGUUCCGCAAGGAAAAUUUGACAAAGACUCUGAGUUCAGUGUUAUGAAGUUAUAUAAAGCACUUCAUGAUGGUCAAGAGAUUGGAUUUGACUUAUGUAAGUCUUCUAGUCCAUGCUUUGAAGAGAAGUUUAACUUCUCAAUAACGACUAAAACAAGCUUUAUUCGUAAGUUGAAGUUCUGA